AUGGUGCCCUUCCUCAACUCCAUCCUGGGCACGAUGCUGCCCAUGCUGGGGAUGGCCAAGCAGGACCACAUGAAAUCCGUCUUCUGCUACGCCCCAUUGCAGGUGCUGUCCCUCACCUGGGUGGGGGUCUCUCUGUCUCUCCCCCCACAGAUUUGUGCUCCUGCAGAUCCCGCCGUGCCCCUGAGCAGCAAAAACCACACCGAGGUGCUGCGGUGCUUCACCGUCCUGGCCUGCUCGUUCCCAGACCGUGUCCUGGCCUUCCUGCUCCCAAAGCUGGAGAGCAGCAACGAGAGGACCCGUGUGGGGACCCUGCUCAUCAUGAGGCAGAUCAUCAACAGCGCCCCCUCUCAAAUGGAGAUCAAGAAGCCCUUUAUUCUCUCCUUUAUGAAGCUCCCUCUCCAGGACAGCAACAACAAGAACACGGAGAAGUCCCUGUCCCAGCAGGAAUGGGAAGAGAGGCUGCUGCAGUUCCUGCAGGACUCGCUGGCGGCCGUGCCGGGCGACGCGUGGAGCUGCCCCUUGGUGACCGAGAUGUGCCGCCAGCUGGGCAGCUACAACGGCUUCCACCUGGAAAAGAAUUUCCUCUAUAAAUGCAUCGGGACAACGCUGGGAGCCUGUGCCAGCAAGGAGCUGGUGCAGAAGCAGCUCCAGGAGCUCCUGGAAACAGCCAGGUACCAGGAGGAGGCCGAGAGGGAGGGACUGGCUUCCUGCUUCGGGAUCUGUGCCAUCAGUCACCUGGAGGAGACCUUGGCCAAGCUGGAGGACUUUGUGAGGUCUGACGUGUUCAAGAAGUCCGUGGGGCUCUUCAGCAUCUUCAAGGACCGCAGCGACACGGAGGUGGAGAAGAUCAAGAGCAGCCUCAUCCUGUGCUACGGCCACGUGGCCGUGUCCGCCCCGCGGGAGCUGAUCCUGCCCCGCAUCGAGGCCGACAUCCUGAGGAACAUCUUCCAGUACUUCCACACCAAGGUUCUGGGGAUAAAGGUAGAGACCAAGGACCUGACGCUGAAGCUGUGCCUGAUCCGCAGCCUGUCCAUGCUCAGCCAGGCCGUGUCCCGCGGGAAGGGCCCCCCCGGCUUCGUCUUCGCCCGCAAGGCCGAGCUCGUCGCCCACAUGGUGGAAUUCAUCCGGGCAGAGCCCCUGGAGACGCUGCGGACGCGGGUGCGGCAGCGGGCCAUGCUCACCUGCACCCACCUGGUCCCCCUGGAGCCCCCCCUGAGUGACCCGGACAGGACGGAGCUGAUGGACACCUGCCUGGCCAGUGUCCUGUCCCUGCCCCCUCUGGAGCCCCCCAGGGACAGGGAGGAGGACGGGGGGGAUUCCCUGCACACACAG